CGAAUUUGUUCAUUUCUUUCAUCCGGUCGCUCUUUUUAUAAAAGGACAGUAAAAAACUCGCACACCGGCAGUCAUGUUAGAAACCACAUUCAACCCUGGCAGAACAAGCGAAUUCGCACGAUCUAUUCUCCAACGAUGUGAUGACGAUCUGGAUCUUGCUUUUCUCGAAAUACUAGAGCAAAUGAUCACGCCAAAGGAUGGCUCUUUCGAAACACAGUACUCACGCCAAUUCGCUGAUCUGCUAGCAUGCAGAUGGCACGAUUUGAACCGGUCAGACCAAGACCAUCGCGAAAAACACACGACGAAAGAACAGAUUGCUUUUCUCGAAGGGGAAAUACGAACAUGGAACUUGUUGGACCUGCUACAUCGCGUGGAUAGCGAUGCAUCCAUGGCCUACCGGCUCGCACAUAUAAUGAAGUGGGUUAACGACCAAUGGAAUGUGACGAUUACCACAUCCUCGGAAGAUGAAAUGGAUGAGGAAUUAGAAGAGGAGGUGCGCGAAAUUUUUCGAAAAAAUCGGUUGCUCAAAGAACCGGAAUACGAGCGAGAAAGCCGACCAAGCCAGCGAAGGAAACUCGACAUGGAUGCGGAGACCGAAAGACAAUAUGAAAAGAUGUAUCUGAAUCUCCGUCAUGGGAACUUGGAUCAGGCCUGCAAUAUGGCAGAGACCCUUCAGGAAUCGUGGCGGCCGGCUUUGUUCAAGCAGUAUGUCAAAGACAUCCAUUGUGCAAGAGCCGCCGCUGAAUUCGACGGUGAUGAAGCACAAUGGGAGCUGUGGAAAGGGCUUUGCCACCGGGUUAUGAGAGAGGAUCGAACAGGCCCAUUCCAGAAAGCAGUUUAUGCCAUUUUUUGUGGCGACGUGAACCAACUCUUACCGCUGUGCAAAACCUGGGAAGAUGUCUUGUGGGUCUACUGCAAUUCAUUGUUAUGUUCAUGUAUAGAGCAAGAGAUGAAAAACAGAACAGCACAUCAUGGCAUUCCCCGUUCGGUUCGGGCAGCCGAUGGAUCUUCACCCAGCGUAAGGUUUGAUGAAAAAUUUCUUGAGGAAGCCUUGAGCAAAGACCGUACUGCGGAACAUUGUGGAUCCAUCAAUUCCCUUUUCCACGUAGUUCAGACAGCGGUCCUAUGGAACCAUUUACAGCCUUCAGAUACCCAGUGCAAAGCUAAAAACCUGAACGAAAGUUGGAGCUCACAUCUGAAAAUCAAAUCUAUUGAAGAUCCGGCCCUGCAAAACCAUGCGCAGCGCUUUAUGUCAGCUUUAAUUAUCUACUCUCGCUUGGCUCUCGACCAGCCUUCCGAUAUAGAAACAGAUACGAUGCUGUACAUGUAUGCUCAGCGUAACUGGCAAGAACCUUGCUUCAAGCCCAAAAUUGUAGCCUUCUUCGCUGCGAGACUUCCGAAAAACCAUCAGAUCGAUCUGUUUUCGCAAUUCCUGGCUGAAUUCGAUGGCGACAGAGAAGAACGCAGGAUUCUGGUGGAACUGGGUGCAGAAUAUGGAUUGGCUAUCCCAGAAAUAUUGCGGCAGACUUAUCGCAAAAUGUUAAAGGGAUAUGAAGUGGCAUUAAAAGGAAGUCGCCGCGAUGAAAAUGCUUCCAAAGAGGACGAAUCCGAGUCAGCAAUGGUUGAUCGAUGUUUUCAGGCUCUGCAGUGGCUGACAUUGGACAGCGACCCAAGUGCUGAUUUAAUACAAACUGCGAAUGGUCUCGUUCGCAACUUUUUGGUACAACAACGGUUCCAUCUGGCGGAGACUGUACUUCAUUCGAUUCCUCAGCGUCUCUUAAAUCUCAGCUUACUGCAAACACAUCGAGCGUGGCCUAUUCCAAGCUAUCUUCGAGAAAUUCAUGACCACAAGCGACUGAUAGAAGCGUGGAAAGCCUUUGAUGAGUGGGAUCGACUGCGCAAGGAGAAACCAGAAGACACAGGUACUUUGGAGGCACUGCGGCGAUUACAAGCAUGGCGAAAUCAGUAUAUGGACCUUGUGGAUUCCUUGGCAUGCGAUCUGGAAAAGCUUCAGACGUACCUACAAGAUAACAUUGAAGCCAAUGAUGAAGACCUAAAAAAUGAGCUCGACACGUUGCGAAAACUGUAUAUACCACUCGUUGACGCACGUUUGAAACAGUUACGCUCAGAUAGUGAAUCAGCAUAAGCCGCAUGCAAGUAAACAAAUAAAGAAAAAGAGAAAAAAAAAAGCCCAUAUGCAUUUACGAAAUCUGCAUUGUAGUUUUCCCCCAUGUUCUUCAUUACAUGCUUGCUACUGUGCCGAAUAGCACUUUGCGCAAUGAAAUAAAAGAACCACGCUCUGCAUUUGUCCACACUGUGAAGGAAAUAAUUAGGCCACCGAUGCCGAAUAAGGCGUACCAAAUAAUAAAUAUGUCUCAUGUUCCAUGAGAAUGAGCUGCAUAGUAAAGUGCGGAUUUCUUUCUGGUUUUUUUAGAGAGGAGAGCGACAAAAUGUAAAUAGACUAGACUGGGUAAGC